AACUGGUGGGAUUGCACCAUGGCCUGGGCCCCUCUCCUCCUUGCGGUGCUCGCCCACAGCUCAGGUUUCCUGGUCCAGGCAGCGCUGACUCAGCCGCCCUCGGUGUCGGCGAACCCGGGAGAAACCGUCCAGAUCACCUGCUCUGGGAGUACCAACAGCUAUGGCUGGGACCAGCAGAAGGUGCCUGGUCAUGCCCCUGUCACUGUGAUCUAUGGUAGCACCAGCAGACCCUCGGACAUCCCUUCACGAUUCUCCGGAUCCAAGUCUGGCUCCACGGGCACGUUAACCAUCUCUGGGGUCCAAGCCGAGGACGAGGCUGUCUACUUCUGUGGUAACUACGACAGCAGCAAUGCUGGUGAUUAUGAUCAAGGACACUGGGGCACUGGCCUUGGACUCUGCGUGCAGGUCUCUUGCCCAUGGAUUUUGGGCACAGGGGUUCUGUCCCUGUCCUGCUGCCUGGGCAGGGCUGUGCCCGUGGGGCCCUGGCUGACCCACAUCUUCUCCCCUCUCUCCUCUGCAGGUUCCCUGGUCCAGCCAGCGCUGACUCAGCCGCCCUCGGUGUCAGCAAACCUGGGAGAAACCGUCCGGAUCACCUGCUCUGGGGGUAGCAACUGGUAUGGCUGGUUCCAGCAGAAGGAGCCUGGUCGUGCCCCUGUCACUGUGAUCUAUCAGAACGACAAGAGACCCUCGGACAUCCCUUCACGAUUCUCCGGAUCCCAGUCUGGCUCCACGGCCACGUUAACCAUCUCUGGGGUCCAAGCCGAGGACGAGGCUGUCUAUUACUGUGGUAGCUGGGACAGCAGCAGUGGUGCUGGUGUCACAGUUCAGAAAGUUGUUGAAGGUCUCGUACAAAAGCUGUGGAAGGUGGGGCGGGGUCUGGAGAUAUCUCUGGUCUUGCUGGAAACUGUGGUAGGGGUGAGGGACUGCAAGGGCUGA